UUGUGUUAGCGCGUGUGAUACCGCUUUAAAACCGCAAAUAAAUAGUUAAAUUAAGCUUUUAAGUAUGAGAAUCGACGAUUACGAUUCAUUUUGGGUGGACAAAGCAGUCUACAACUAUGCUGAGAGACUGUUUUACGAGGCGAUCCAAUCAAGUGCACAAAUACCAGCGCCAGAACCUAAUAGCAGUGAAAAUAAAGUUGGUGAUACCAAAAAGAAUAAAAAGACAAAAAUGGCUGAAGAUCAACGAAAACCGAAAAGCUUGUUGUAUCUAAAUCCAUUAACAUUGGAAGCCAGCUUCUUUUUAGAAACGCUAGAAGAAGUAAGCAGACAAAAUGAGCCACAAUUGGAUCCUUACUUGACCAAUUUGCUCGAGCGUAUUGUGGUUGGCAUUGAACAAUAUCUGGAUAAGAAGCCUGCGUACAUUGUACCGAAGGAAAGGCAACAAGUUGCAAGCGAGCAGAAGCAGCAGAAUGGUACGCAGAGUACAGGUGUGGCCUUUGUGCUACCAAACGAAAUGCAGAAAAUAAGAAGAACAUUCAACUGCGCUGCAUGCACGCAUCGCAUUGUGGGCACAACGAUUACCAAGGCAGUGGCGCAUUUAGCCGAACAGCAUCCGAACCCCAACCCAAAUCCAACUCAAGGGCAGCGGCCAACAGCACCUAAAAAACUAGAAAAGAAACGUGCUGAGGUAGAGGCACGCGCCAAAGUUUUGGCAUUACCCAAAAAGGUUAGGGCUUUGCUAACUGGCGACAUUACAAACAAGUUCAAGGAUAAAUACAAAUUAGCGGAUAAGCUUAAAGUGAUACCAGAGUACGACGUCAUCGAACAGGCAUUGUGUAAUCUGUUGUCUCCGUUCUCUUCGCAAACAGUGCGUGUUUACAAGUUUGGAUCACGCAUAACAGGCAUAGGAAACUGUUCAUCGGACCUCGAUGUUUUUAUUGAUAUUGGCAACUCCUUUCAUACAUUCGAGCACCGUGCUUCAAAGGAAACUCUAACUAAAUUGCGAGCAUUGCGUGCUCUUUUCUGUGCUAGCCGCGAGUGGCGCAUAAUAAAUGUUAUCGAGCAGGCGCGUGUACCCAUUAUAAAAACUCUUCAUUUAUCCUCUGGCAUCGAAUGUGAUAUAUGCUUUAAUAGCUUAGGCUUCUGCAACACAAACCUGCUCAAGUACAUAUUUGAAACGCAACCUAUUGCACAAUUUAUGUGCAUCUAUCUGAAGACCUGGCUGGAGCGCUGCAGACUGGCGGAACAGCUAACAACGUACAGCAUUGCAUUAAUGGUCAUUUACUUUCUACAAACCAAGAACUUAUUACCCUCUGUUCUCGAGCUGCAGGAAGAGCCCUUAAUGACUCAAAAAGUGUUUGUUGGACCAUGGAUCUCAAAUUUUGCGCAUAAGUCACUCGCAGAUUUGAAACUAGAUACAAUUGAAGUUACUAUUUCGUGUAUCAAAGAGUUUGUUAAAGAAUUUUUUAAAUUUUAUGCAACAUUCAAGUACGAAUCUUUUUUGGUUUGCCCGUAUUUUGGAAAAGAGAAAAUCUCUAUAUCGACCAUGGAAGCUGCGUUGCCUCCACGGUACCGUGAGUAUGCCUCCCAACAUCCGGAAUCGGCUUUGCAGCUGCGAAAGCCUAUGGUCGUGCAGGAUCCCAUACAAUUGAAUCAUAAUGUUACGAAAGCUGUAUCCAAGUAUGGCCUGCAAACAUUUGUUGAAUACUGUCAACAAUCAGUUACAAUUCUCGGCGAUCAAUCUGAAAAUUUGAAAAAGCACAGUAACAACACUGCAUAAUGCAUUGUGUUGAUAAUAACCAUUA